UGGAGUUAAUUGAGAGCGUACUCACGAACUACCACGAGCUGUUCAGGAAGCACACGGAACUUUUGAUGUUGCUGCAACACCACCUUCGCCCACUCAUUCUGAAAUCUCUCUCCGACCGACAUGUCUUUCCACUGACACUCAGAUGCACCCGAGUUGUGUUCCUGAUCUUGAAGCAGUUCUCAUUCGAGCUAGAGACGGAAGCUGAAAUAUUCCUGAUGCUUCUCAUAUAGACUAUCAAUUCGAAACUGAGUCGUGUAGGCUAUGUGGG